AUGGAGCAAGAAAACUCUAUGAAAAGAUGGUGGUUCAAUUCGAUGUUAUUUAAGAAGGAGUUCGAACACAGAUGUAGGCUAAGUAAAUCAAUGGGCAGUCUUGGUCCUAUUGAAAAUGCCAGUGAAAGUAAAGAUCCGAAUAGAAAUGAUACGGAUAAAAACAUUCAGGGUUGGGGUGGUCAUGACAAUUACAGUAAUGUUGAUCUUUUUUUUGGCGUCAAGGACAUUCGGAAUUUUUUCUCUGAUGAUACUUUUUUAGUGAAAUAUAGUAAUGGGGACAGUUGUUCUAUAUAUUUUGAUAUUGAAAAGAAUAUUUUUGAGAUUGCCAAUGAUCAUCUUUUUUAUAGUGAACUAGAAAGUUCUUUUUAUCGGAAUUCUAGUGAUCUGAAUAAUGGAUCUAAGAGUAAGAAUCCCGACCACGAUCGUUACAUGGAUGAUACUCAGUAUACUUGGAAUAAUCACAUUAAUAGUUGCAUUGACAGUUAUCUUCAGUCCGAAAUCUGUAUUGAUAAUUACAUUCUAAGUGUUAAUUACAAUUCCAGUAACGAUAAUUCCAGUAAUGACAAUUCCAGUAAUGACAAUUCCAGUAACGAUAAUUCCAGUAAUGACAAUUACAGUAAUGAUAAUUCCAGUAAUGACAAUUACAGUAAUGACAAUUACAUUUCUAGUUCCAUUUGUAGUGAAAGUGAAAAUAUUAGUCAAGACGAGGAUAUCACAACGGAUGAUGAAACUAUACCAGAAAGUUCUACUCAUAUGGGUGUAACUCAACAAUACCGGCAUUUGUGGGUUCAAUGCGAAAAUUGUUAUGGAUUAAAUUAUAAGAAAUUUUUUAAAUCAAAGAUGAAUCUUUGUGAACAAUGUGGAUAUCAUUUGAAAAUGAGUAGUUUAGAUAGAAUCGAACUUUUGAUCGAUCCGGGCACUUGGGAGCCUAUGGAUGAAGACAUGGUCUCUCUGGAUCCCAUUGAAUUUCAUUCGGAGGAGGAGCCUUAUAAAAAUCGUAUCGAUUCUUAUCAAAGAAAUACAAGAUUAACCGAGGCUGUUCAAACAGGCAGAGGGCAACUAAACGGUAUUACCGUAGCAAUUGGGGUUAUGGAUUUUCAGUUUAUGGGAGGUAGUAUGGGAUCCGUAGUCGGGGAGAAAAUUACCCGUUUGAUUGAAUACGCUACUAAAGAAUUUCUACCUCUUAUUAUAGUGUGUGCUUCCGGAGGGGCACGCAUGCAAGAAGGAAGUUUGAGCUUGAUGCAAAUGGCUAAAAUAUCUUCUGCUUUAUAUGAUUAUCAAUCAAAUAAAAAGUUAUUCUAUGUACCAAUUCUUACAUCUCCUACUACCGGUGGGGUGACAGCUAGUUUUGGUAUGUUGGGGGAUAUCAUUAUUGCCGAACCCAAUGCCUACAUUGCCUUUGCGGGUAAAAGAGUAAUUGAACAAACAUUGAAUAAAACAGUACCCGAGGGUUCACAAGCGGCCGAGUAUUUAUUCCAGAAAGGCUUAUUCGAUCUAAUCGUACCACGUAAUCCUUUAAAAAGCGUUCUAAGUGAAUUAUUUCAACUACACACUUUCUUUCCUUUGAAUCAAAAUUAG